UUCCCCCCGCGUCGCUAGCUUGACGUUAGUUGUGAUGUUAGCUUGUUUUCUUGGGCGCUCCUAGCAGUUUUUCCCACCUCUCUGUUGACUGCCUGAAGCUUCCCCCAGGAAACCAUGGCCGAGGAGGCCGAGGGUUCCCCUCUGUCGUCCCAACAUGACGAGCUGCUUCAGCAGCCAGGGGCUCCUCUGGAAGGGGAGCGGGCCGAGUUCAUCCGGCUCAAGCAGCAGCUGGAGGCCGAGUUCAACCAGAAGCGAGCCAAAUUCAAAGAGCUGUACAUGUCAAAGGAACAGGAACUCAAGAGACAAACGGCGGCGCUGGAGAACUCCCAGAGCGAGCUGAGCUCCGUGCGGACCCAGCUGGCUCAGGCGCAGGCCGAGAUCGAGACCAUCAAAGCCGUGGCCACCGUGUCGGAGAACACCAAGCAGGAAGCCAUCGACCAGGUCCGCAGCCAGUGGCAGGAGGAGGUGGCCUCGCUGCAGGCCAUCCUGAAAGACACGGUGUGUGAAUAUGAGGUCCAGUUCCAUAAGCGCCUGGAGCAGGAGCGAGCCCAGUGGAACCAGUACCGAGAGGCCAUGGAGAGGGAGGUGGGGGAUUUGAGACAUCGCCUCACAGAGGGACAGGAAGAGGAGAAUCUGGAGGACGAGAUGAAGAAGGCCCAGGAAGAUGCAGAGAAGCUGCGCUCAGUGGUGAUGCCCAUGGAGAAGGAGAUCGCAGCCCUGAAGGCCAAGCUGAGCACUGCAGAGGAGAGGGUGAAGGAGCUGGAGGCCUCCAAGGUGAAGGAGCUCAAUCACGUUUUGGAGGCUGAGAAGUCGUGUCGUACGGACCUGGAGAUGUAUGUGGCGGUGCUGAACACCCAGAAGUCUGUGCUGCAGGAAGAUGCCGAGAAACUACGCAAGGAGCUCCAUGAGGUGUGCCACAAGCUGGAGUUGGAGCGGCAGCAGCACAACCAGCUGAAACAGACGUGGCAGCGCGCCAACGACCAGUUCCUGGAGUCCCAGCGUCUCCUCAUGAGGGACAUGCAGAGGAUAGAGAGCGUCCUGUCCUCCGAGCAGCUCCGCCAGGUGGAGGAGAUGAAGAAGAAGGACCAGGAGGAGGAUGAGAAGGAGAGGCUGAGCCUGGUGAAGGACCUGCAGGAGGACGAUGGAGGAGACAACACAGAGCCUCUGGAGGACUUCCUGGGGCUGAGCAUUGAGGAGCCUCAUGCCAACCACAGCGCUCAUGGUUCCAUACACUCCUUAGACACCGACGUCGUGGCCGGGGGCCCCUCGGACCCCUACAAGGACAACCUGCGGAGAGUCCAGUCGACCGACAGCCUCGGCUCCUCGCUGUCGUCGCAGCAGGGACUCGGCGGUCACAACCACAAGGCCAAGUCGGCCAGCAACCUGGACGAAUCGGACUUUGGGCCCCUAGUUGGGGCGGACUGCGGCAUGGCGGACAGUAGCUUUGCCGAGACCUCGUCUAUCGGCUCCAUCAAGCUGACUGCGGGUCACUUCCUGUUGACUAAAGACCAGGAGAAAGCCAUCAAAGCUAUGACGCCCGAGCAGGAGGAGACGGCGUCGCUGCUGUCCAGCAUCUCGAACGCUCCUGACACCGCCUAUUUACCGCCUGCAGGCUACCGGCUCGUCAGCGACACCGAGUGGAACCUGCUGCAGCAAGAGGUAAAGAACGCCGGCAGGAAGCUCGGCCGACGCUGCGACAUGUGCUCCAACUACGAGAAGCAGCUGCAGGCCAUUCAGGGGCAGGAGGCCGAAACACGAGACCAGGUGAAGAAGCUGCAGGUCAUGCUUCGCCAGGCUAACGAUCAGCUGGAGACGACGAUGACAGAGAAACAAAAUCUAGAAGAUUCUGUAAAAGUAGGAAAUGAGGAAACUGCCACUAAGGUGUCAGCCCUCCUGCAGAGAGUCCAGGAAUCAGAAACGCUGCUCAGCACACUACAGCAGGCCUUCGGUGAGGCUAAGAGGAACACCCAGGAACAGAUGGCAGUGCUGUUGAAGUCGAGGGAGCAGGUGGCGGAUGAGCUAAGCCGACUACAGAGAGACAACGAGAGCCUGCAGGGUAAACACCGGCUGCAUCUAGAACUGCAGCAGCAAGAAGACUUCCAGAUGCCCAACACUGUGCAGGAUCUGCAAGUCCUGGUGCUGCAGCUGCGGGACGACAUCGUGGCGCUGCGGACGGCGGCCGAUCACAUAGAGGAGAAGCUGAAAGCUGAGAUCCUGUUCCUGAAGGAGCAGAUCCAGGCGGAGCAGUGUCUGAAGGAGAACCUGGAGGACACCCUGCAGCUGGAGAUCGAGGGCUGUAAGGAGGAGAUAGACAUCUUGGAAGCGUCUUUCUCCAGCCUGAAGACUGAGCUGGAGCGCAUCAAGGCAGAGAAGGAGCAGCUGCAGAGCAGUUUAGCAGAGAAGACCGAGACGCUGGACGGCAUCCGGCGCAUGAAGAUGAGCCUGGAGCAGCAGCUCAGAGAGCUCACCAGUGCAAAGGGAGCGUUAGAAAGUCAGGUCCUCGACGAACGAGACAAAGCCCAGCGGCUGCAGACGGAGCUGGACGUCAGCGAGCAGGUCCAGAAGGACUUUGUCAAACUCUCUCAGACGCUUCAGGUGCAGCUGGAGCGAAUACGGCAGGCCGACUCUCUGGAUCGGAUCAAAGUCAUCCUGAACGACACCAACCUGACCGACAUCAACCAGCUUCCGGAGACAUGAUGGCCCCCCCCGGGGCGAGGACCGGCUCCGGCUUCGUUCCCCUCGCUGCGCGCCCCCCCCCCCCCCCCCCCC